AAUUGAGCUCUUUAAUUCGGGUUAACAUGGGUUAACAGCUCGAUAUGGUUUCACCUGGCAUAGUCAUUUGUCAUGUGCAUCGCUUUAGAUGCCGUUAGACGCUUAACCUCAAAUGGUAAUAGGAGCAAAUAAUAUAAACCUUUGACCAACUCUCCCACUCAAUCUAAUGGACGUCCCACCAACAUAUUCCGCACAACCGAGCCGUGGGGAUGAAGCCGCCGUCGAGCCACCCUCAUAUGAACUACCUUAUCCAUUGCUUGUGGGCCGCCGUGCCGUUCAGACAUCCUUUGUCAGCAUAUCUCAACUUAAGGGUCACCUAUCCCUCUUGAAGCACUUUGCUUCCCUCAAGAAACGAGUCGAAGGGAUGGACCGAUCCAGAUACGGAGACGCGCCUGAAGAUAAGGAGCGUAGGUGGUCAUGGUUUGUUGGAUUGGCUGUCGAGAGGUUCGAAAGGUGGUGCAAGGAGCUGACAGUUUACGACGCAUUGGAUUUCGCUGACCACCGGUUGCCUCCUGUUGAUGUUAUCAUGGUGUGGCAUGCCUACUUAUUAAAUCCUGCGCGGUAUUCUGAGGACUUCCUGCGAAACGAGCAUAUUAAGAUACUUGCAGGUAUGGGCGACUGGUUCCAGGCCCUGGAACGGACAUGCUAUACCGUUGGCUCACCUCCAUCGAACGCUCGAGCUCAGGACUGGCUGCAGAAGACCCAUCUCCCCUACGAUCCUUUCGAGUCGGCAAUGGUGUUGACACAGCGAGAAAUAGUGUGCCCUCAAUGUCUCACGAAGACCAACGUUCGCCUGGCAAAUUCUACCGGGAGCGGAUAUCUCCAGAAGGACUUCAAGGGCAACUGCUCGGGAUGUUGGCUGACGAUUACGAAAGAAAAAUUGGCUUUCCAUAAACUCGUGAAGGACUUGGUAGGGAACAAUGCUGUCCUUGCCGGAACUCUUCACACCUCUUAUAAUAUAGACAAUUCGCAUCGUGCGAAGGUGAUCAAGACCGGGAUUUUGGAGUUAAGGCCGCGUGUCUUCCAGAAGGGAGAUGCGAAAACCGAACAGGAAUGGGCGGUCAACAUACAGAAGCACAUGGAUUAUAGUAUGCAGAAGAUUCAAACCGCUAUGGCGCAGCGGAUGAGAACAUACGGAGGACACUUGUUAUCUCGGAUCAUGAGCUCAUACGAAGACGAUAAGAUAUUUUCUUUGGAUCUCGUAGGAGCAGUACUCCGACAAGGCUCCUUUGUCGACAAGAUGCAUAAGCUGGGUUGGACUGAUCCAGAAUUUUUUUCGUCAUCCAAGGAUGAAGUGGCCUUGAAGCACUGCAUGGCUCGUUAUCAUGCAUUCUUGGAUCUCAUGUCUUCGUCACCGGCUGGUUUCUUCGUCCCGACACUGGACAUUGAUCUAGUGUGGCAUACCCACCAGCUCAUGGCUCGACAGUACUCCAGCGACUGCCUCGAAUAUGUCCGUCGGUUCGUCGACCAUGAUGAUAAGGUUGCUGAGAACAGACUUUCAAGAGCUUUCGACAUCACCUGUCGGGCGUGGCAAGACCGAUUCGGGAUCCCAUAUACGCACUGUGGGUGUCCACUCCCAGGUGACACGAUUGGGCAGAAGAUAAGCAGACUAGUAUCAAUACAUAAGCAGUCGGGGACACCGUCUCAUCUCGUCCCACCUCGGGAUCGCAGUGAUCUUCUGGCAGCUACCCACCCGAGUGAUCAUAACGCUGUUUAUUCAUUCCAGCACCAGGGGCAGGUCGAUGCCAUGAGGCGGGCAAGGCUGGAGAAGCGGGAAAGGAGGAUCAGACGAGAGGAGGGGAAGGGAAUAAGUCGGAACAGGAGUGUUGGUCAUGAUCCAGCUUUUUUGGUGCCCGUGCCGUUGUAUUAUGGUGUAGGCUGUGUAGCGACAACGGGGCAUGUAGUUGGUGGGGGUGGUGGUGUCGGGGGAUGUGUGGCUGCUGGUGUUGGCGGCUGCGGAAGUGGUGGUGCUGGAUGUGGUGGGGGAAAUAGCGCAGGUUGUGGCGGUAGUAGCGGUACUGGCUGUGGCGGAGGUGGUGGUGGUGGCUGUGGUGGAGGAGGUGGCGGAUGUGGUGGUGGUGGCGGUGGUGGAAGUUAAAUGUUCGGUGUCUACCAUUCGAAGUUGUUGACUGAAAAUGUUUUCAUUUUUUUUCGGCGUGAUUUACAGUACAUGUAAAUUUAUAUUCGCCAUAAUGCCUCAAGAUGGGAGAAUAUUAGUCAUCACCGUUUUCGGAUUCACCG